CCGCUCCCCGCACGCACCACGCGCCGCGCACCCGGCACGGCGCUCCUAGCACUAAGCACCGAGCACAGAGCACCCGCACCAAACUUUCCCUGGAGCCGGCGCGUAGGCAAACAAGAGCUGCUGCCAUGGAGGACCCCAGACUCCCCAAACUGCAGUUUGCCCCCUUCAGCAGCGCCCUGGAUGUUGGCUUCUGGCACGAGCUGACACAGAAGAAGCUGAAUGAGUAUCGGCUGGACGAGGCUCCCAAGGACAUCAAGGGCUACUACUGCAACGGUAACUCCGCUGGGCUGCCGGCUCGCCUGAUGUUGGAGUUCAGUGCUUUUGACAUGAGCGCUCCUACGCCCGCGCACUGCUGCCCUGCUGUUGGGACGCUGCAUAACACCAACACGCUUGAGGCUUUCAAGACUGCAGACAAGAAGCUGCUUCUGGAACAGGCGGCAGAUGAGAUCUGGGAGUCCAUCAAAUCUGGUGCUGCUCUUGAAAACCCUGUGCUUCUCAACAAGUUCUUGCUCCUGACAUUUGCAGAUCUAAAGAAGUAUCACUUCUACUAUUGGUUUUGCUAUCCUGCCCUUUGCCUUCCAGAGAGCAUACCUCUCAUUCAGGACCCAGUGGCUUUGGAUCAAAGGUUUUCAGCAAAACAGAUCCACGCCCUCCAGCAUGCGUAUGAUGGUCUCUGCCGAACAGAAGGAGUCUCGGCCCUGCCAUACUUCUUAAUCAAAUAUGAUAAUGAUGUGGUGCUGGUUUCCCUCCUUAAACACUACAGUGAUUUCUUCCAAGGUCAAAGGACAAAGAUAACAGUUGGUGUCUAUGACCCCUGUAACCUAGCCCAGUACCCUGGAUGGCCUUUGAGGAAUUUUUUGGUCCUAGCAGCUUACAGAUGGAGCAGCAGCUUCCAGUCUGUCGAAGUCCUUUGCUUUCGUGACCGCACCAUGCAGGGGGCCAGAGACAUCACGCACAGCAUUAUCUUUGAAGUGAGGCUCCCAGAAGUGGCCUUCAGCCCAGAUUGCCCUAAAGCUGUUGGAUGGGAAAAGAACCAGAAAGGAGGCAUGGGCCCAAGGAUGGUGAACCUCAGUGAGUGUAUGGACCCCAAGAGGUUAGCUGAGUCAUCGGUGGAUCUGAACCUCAAACUCAUGUGUUGGAGACUGGUCCCAACGCUGGACCUGGAAAAGGUUGUGUCGGCCAAGUGCUUGCUGCUGGGAGCCGGCACUCUGGGCUGUAAUGUGGCCCGGACGCUGAUGGGCUGGGGUGUCAGGCACAUCACGUUCGUGGACAACGCCACUAUCUCCUACUCAAACCCCGUGAGGCAGCCACUCUACGAGUUCGAAGACUGCCUGGGGGGCGGGAAGCCCAAGGCCCUGGCAGCAGCAGACCGACUGCAGAGAAUCUUCCCUGGAGUGAAUGCCAGGGGGUUCAACACAAGCAUCCCCAUGCCCGGGCACCCUGUGAACUUCUCCAGCGUCACCCUGGAGCAAGCCCGCCAGGAUGUGGGGCAGCUGGAGCAGCUCAUCGAGAGCCAUGAUGUCAUCUUCCUGCUGAUGGACACCAGGGAGAGCCGUUGGCUGCCCACUGUCAUUGCUGCCAGCAAGAGAAAGCUGGUCAUCAAUGCUGCCCUGGGGUUCGACACAUUUGUUGUCAUGAGACAUGGCUUGAAGAAACCAAAGCAGCAGGGAGCUGGAGACGUGUGUCCAAGCCAUCCUGUAGUAUCUGCCGACUUCCUGGGCUCAUCACUUUUUGCUAACAUCCCUGGUUACAAACUUGGCUGCUAUUUCUGCAAUGACGUUGUGGCUCCAGGAGAUUCAACCCGGGACCGGACCUUGGACCAGCAGUGCACCGUGAGCCGCCCAGGCCUGGCCAUGAUUGCAGGAGCCCUGGCAGUGGAGCUGAUGGUUUCUGUCCUGCAGCACCCAGAAGGGGGCUACGCCGUCGCCAGCAGCAGUGAGGACCGCAUGAACGAGCCUCCCACCUCACUGGGGCUCGUGCCCCACCAGAUCCGGGGAUUUCUGUCACGGUUUGAUAAUGUCCUUCCUGUCAGCCUGGCGUUUGACAAAUGUACAGCUUGUUCUUCCAAAGUACUUGAUCAAUAUGAACAAGAAGGAUUUAAUUUCCUGGCAAAGGUGUUUAAUUCUUCACAUUCUUUCUUGGAAGACUUGACCGGCCUCACUUUGCUGCAUCAGGAGACCCAGGCUGCUGAGAUGCUAGCAAGGCGGCUUCAGUGGCACAGUGAGGAGAGGAGGCUGCAUCUGCCUUUGGUGCCCGGAGGUGAGGUCAGAAGCUGUGUUCUCCUCCCCUCACUUCAGGAAGGACUACAGGAAUGGCACAGCCUGGGCAUGAUAAGCGGCUGCUUUGAAGUGCACCCUCUGGCUUUUGAUCCCCCAGCAGCUGAUGGCAACUGUGAGUGGUGACAGAUACCAGAUAGGGAGCGGGCUGUGUUCCCAGCUGGAAUGGGAGCUUCAAGAAAAGGGAGCUGAACCUCUUCUCGGCUUCACUGCUAUAUGGGGUCCUCUCAGGAACCAGGAUUGUUCCAUAUCCGUUAGUUCCAUGAACUUCACUGAAUGGGAGAAUUUAUGUUCAUCUUCUCUUGUGGAGGGGGCAGAAGGGAGAAGCAGAGCUCUCAAAUCUAUAACUUUAGCAUGACGUGGUGGGGUGAAACUGCAGUCCCAGGUACUCAGGACUGAGAGACAAGGAUCAUUGGAGCCCAGAAGUUCUACAGCCUGAGCAACACAGAGACCGCUGUUCCAAAAACAAACACACAGAAAAUGUUCAAACUGCAUAGCACUGGCACAUAGUAACUAGCAGGUCCAGGAUGACAAAUACACUUGACUUCUGUUGGGUGCUCAUGGCUGUCUGGAGGGUUGUGCUGGGCAGGAUUUAUGAGGCCACUUCCAGACUCAGCCUGAGAGAUGAACAUGUGGAUUAGUGGUUUGCACACAAACACCUAAGGCAGUGUAGGGAAGCAGAGUAUGUUAGUGUCUGACCUAGACCUAGACCUAGACGUAGACCUAGCAAACACAGCCUCAUGCCCCCAUAUUUCCCUGGAAUACAGUAGCUAGGAAGUAUAUGCUGGCUGAAUAAAUGAUUGAUCUUUCUGAUUCUGGAAUUGGCCCAUGAUUCUAAAUGAGUAUGUCUUAAAUGCCUUCAUUAGUAGGUGAAGUUUGAUAGUAAAAAUAUUUCCUCGAGCUUUAUGAAACUGGUCACUAUUGUUUUCAAAACAGCCCUCCAGUUUGCUGAAACAAAUUUCAAUUAUUUCAAAGUUAAAUCGGUCCCUCAAAGCCAGUGUCUUCCUCUUCUAUUUUGGAAAGGGGAAUUUUGGAAAGAACACAGGCCUGAAAAUCAGAUUGGCUUUUGGUAACAUGUAAGCCUCAGCUAGUUACUCUCCACCUUGGGACUUAGUUCCUGCUAUGAAAUUAGAGAAUUGAACCCCUGAGCUCUUUGAUUCUAAGAAACACAGAAUUGAGGAUGAAAAAGAGAACUAGUUUCAACUUGAUCAUUGCUGUCUUCCUCCUGCUGGUCAUUUCUUUAGCCUUUCUUACUGAUAUAGGACACUAGGGUCAGGAAGUGGGGCAGGGGGGGGGGCGGGGAUCUUGACAGGGAAGUGCCAGCACAGCGGAUGUCUUUCUUGGCAUCUCUGCAGUGGUGGCUUGGGACCUGCCUUAUAUUCAUAGAUGACUAGGGUAUGCGUAACACAUGAAAAGAUGAUGUAUCAUUGCAGACACAUCUUGACUAACAUUCAGCCCCAAGAAUCUGACAAAUGUAUAUGCUUUUAUAUUUAUUUACAUUCUGCCUGAUUCCAAAAAACAAAAAAAGAUUUAAGGUAGUUAUACUCAAAGCUGUAGUAACAUAAAAACCUAAGAGCCAAGUUUUUUAAAAAAGUGAUUAUAUUUGGAAACUUAAACUAUAGAAAGCUUCUAGGGUUCGAUAGGAACUGUGUCUUGGUAGUUCCUGGCAGCCAGAGCAAAGAAGGAUGUAAUUGGCUUCCCACCUCUCUGAGUCUGCUAAUAGCCCAGGGUAAUUGGCAGUGUAGGCACAAUUUGUCACCCAGUCAGGCCUGUUCUAGUAGCCUGUUAGCAAUACCAUUGCUGUUAAUAACAAAAUCAUUGCCUCGUAGGCCAGCAUGCCCUCAUAGCCAAUCCUUAUUUAAUUGAUAAUUGCUGUAUUACUAGGAGCCCAGGCGUCAUAAUACUAAAGUAGUUCCCAUGGAUUCACUUUCAGCAGUUUCACUUUCCUAGACUUAGCCCAGAUAAUAGUGAAAAAGUCCAGAAAUGAAUAUAAGUUUUGAACUGUGCACUGUUCUUGGAACAUGGUGGUAUAUGUUGUCGCCCUCUUUCCUGCCUGGGAACCCAAGGUAUCCUUCUGUCCAGAGUCUUGUGGAUAUUUGGAAGCUGGCUCAGUUACCUGGUCCACCAUCACUGAGAUGCUGAGCCAUGGCUGGCCAGCCCUCACUUUAUCUAAGGAUGGCCCCAUGGCAUGGGGGUGGUAAUGCUAAGGAUUUUGUUACAGGUUUUUCUUGUAACUGUGCUGUCUUACUGUUGAUAAUCUCUUACAGAUGAUAAUCUCUUGCUGGCCUAUUUGACACAAUAAAUUUUCUCCUAGGUAUGGAUAAGAGGCAUAGUGUUACUAGUGUUUAAUACUCUCCUUCAUCUCAGGCAUCCAGUUGGGGUCUUGGAGCACACCCCUCAGGUGAAGGGGACUCGAUAGUAGCUGAUGCCACAUGCUAGGUUCUGCUCUAGCCUCCCCACCUGUGUUAGUGUGUCUGGUCCUUACAGCAGCCCUGCAAGUUAGGAGCAGUGCUCCAGAGUCUGUAGCCGUGUUCCCUGCACCAGCUGCUCCACACAGGCUUGAGGUGCUAUGGCGAUUUAACUUACCACUGCUAGAGCCAUCAUAGGCCAGAAUGUCUCACCUCAAACAGCCAAGGCCAGUUAGAAAGCAGGCGGCCAUUGCAAGGAGUACCCAGGUGGACUAACUGUUUGCCCACUAAGUUAACUGGUAUCUUAGCAUUGUAUUAGGGGAGUAUCUUGAACUUCAAAGGAAGUAUCAAUGUAGGCUCUGUCUGAGCAUUCUGGGUGCAUCUUGCAGUGGCAGCACAGAUAUCUUGGCCCACCUCAGACAUCCCAGCAGCUACAUUUGUUGCUCUCAUACACCAGUUCCUUCAAUGGGCACCUGAAUGGACUGCUGUGAUGAAAAGGUCAUGGGCUCUAUGGUGGAGAAACAGUCACACUGCAGAUGGAGGCCUGUAACAGGUGAAAGAGAAGGUAGAGCUGGGCACACCUUUGCCAGCCGUGACUCAGUUCAAGAUCAAGGGUUUCUCUAAACUGUGUGGCUUUGGAGAUGAUUUCCCUGGAGACUUCUUUCCAUUCAAGAGGAAAAUGGAAUGGAGCAGUUCACAUAAUUCAUUGUGUCAGUCCACAAAAGAAUUCGUGAAGUUCCAUUUUGUGUGAAACACACGAAAACAAAGACAAAAAGUCCUUGCCCAAAGUUUAUUCCGCCCAAAGACAUGCACAUUUUUAAAAAACAUGUCUAUACAGUGAGAUGAUUGUUCUCACAGAGUGCUGUUGGGGACAAAGGAAAAAGCCAUUGACUGUGCUGGAAGGGCAGACUGGUGACUGCACAGAUGAAGUGUCAGCCGGUCAUCCCGAGUCCAGGGUGAGUGGGGCCUGUGAAGUGCUUCAAGGUCUCCUGGCGUGGGCAGCACCCUACUGCUGUGUGUGUGACUCUUCCUAAGAAUGCAUGUGACAUCACCAAUAGUGAAUCGUCUUUGAGUCUUGAUGCAGUUAGACUCCCAGGAAGAGGGAUGUGUAAACAACUUUGUCACGAUGGAUUGAUAUUUUAGAAGCUGAGCUGUGGAAGAACCUUUGGAGAGGAGGAGGCUGAGCCAGGGAUUGUGGAAGCCAGAGACCCAGGGCUAGAAUGGCAAGCAGAAGCAGAUACUACAAGGGAAAAUCGGGCUACAGACUAGCAGCACUGGUGUGUUCUGCCCCUGUGGGACAUCACAUAGAAUGGGCAGCACUGUCCAGGAAGGGAAGCUGCCCUUGGCUUUAUGCUAGCAGUCUUGGGCCUUGCUUGGCCCUAAGUGGGUCGCUCUUGUGGUUGGCCAUUCUGCCUCAUUUCAACCUGUCCCACAUUUAGCCUUGGUUACUUUCAGCUCCCCAGUCCUGGUGUCAUUUCUGAAUAAAUCUCAAAUAGAGACUCAAUUUCAAAUGAUAGAAGCCCACCAAGGAUUAGAAUGGACCCCGCAUAGCAAUGCGAGGAACAUGGCUCGUGCCGUUCACGGAGCAGCCCAGCUCAUGGCAACGAGAGCAAGUUCCCUCACUGUGCACUGGGCCUGGAAAGCAGGGACAUGGCCGCCACAGCUUCCACCACCCAUGUGGACUGGACUACAUCCUCUCCCAUCCUAAAUUUAAAACGUGGCCUUUUGGAGGCUAGACAGGGGAGGACAGAGGUUGAAAUCUGCAAAGGCAUGUGGGAAGACACGGUGUGGACAAACCUAGGCUGAAAAGCAUGGAGUGUCUCAAGAGGAAUGAGUAAGUAACAGAAGUGACAGGAGCAAACUGGAAGUGAAAAUUGUGGUAAGCGCACUUCUGUUACAUGCAGGAAGCCCUUCCUAACCAUCUGCACCUCUGUCGGCUGUCCUGGUUCACUAACCACCCCUUGGCAGAGCAUGACCUGGUACCCCCUGUUGCUGGGUGCUGGUGGCUGGUGUCUAGGACACCCCAUACUCUAUUUCCAGUCAAGGCAUAUACUUUCCAAAAGUCACUAGUGUUUCCUGCCAAACUGACACUCCCAGACAGACUUCUUGUUGUCCUUAUCCAAAUCCGUGCAGUUCCCUGAAGUGCAAGGGGCAUGCAGGAAGCAAGGCGUUUCUGGGAAAACCCGCUUCUCUCGGAUCCGAUGACAGUAAGUGGCCAGGAGCAGCCGCUCCUCAAGGCAGGCCCAGGGCUCGGAACUUCCCAUGCAGAUGCCUUGUUCUGCAUGUCCAGAUGCCCUGCUGUCAGUCCCCCUGCUGAAGUCAAACUGCAGGUUGCCAGAGCCUCCCCUUCUCUCUCAAUGAAAAUACUACAGUAGCCGUGCUGGAUACCAUGGAAAUUAAACAAGAGAACAUACCUAAGGCUCCUCACAUAGCUCCUGCCAUGCAGUAAGCACUCAACAGAUGCUGUGUCAUCACUGUUGUCAUGGCUAAUCAUACUUUAAAGGGAAACACGUAUAGUACGUUGUACAGUUUUGUACUAGUCUUUGGCUAAAUGGUGAUCUUACUCCCAUCAGAGAUUGAUGAAUUUAUUUUUAAUAGCAAGAAAUAAAUUGAUUAGCCAUAGAUUAAGAUCCUCCUUAUCAGAUUAGCUCCUCAAAAUGUGAGUCACUUUCAUGUGAGUAUCAAGGGCAUGCCAUGAGGCCCUGAUUUGCUAGAAUGAGCCUGUGCAUAGGAACUCCUGCUUCCAUGGUAUGUUUGGCUCUUUUAAAAAUAAAAAUGUCCCAGAAUAUGAAGAAGGGGAGAUAACUGAGUGUCCCUAGCUAGCUUCACAGGCCUCCAAGUCUGACUUUAUUUAUAGUUUUGCUCUGUGGACUCAUAAUCUAGAAGUUGGUACAUUCUUUUCAUUUGUGUCUGUCAAACAGGGCAGUAAAGUUUAGCUUUAAUUAUAUUUAGGGCAUCUGGAUUCUACUCAGUGAUUCUGGCUCCAUUUAGCCUAAAGUCUGCAGCUUAUUCCUAAUGUGGAAAAUGGAAUAAUCCCCCAGGCACGAGAAUAAGGUCUCAGGCGUUUAGGCUGCUGUUACUAUAGCAAGUAGGCCACAGACAUCACGGGACUUGUUAUACAAGGCAGCAUGGUGACAGUGGCUCAGAAGUGCUUUCCAGGAGCCCGAAGGAUUUAUGACUUUUUGAAUUCCAAGUGAGACAUAAAUAUGUUUUUCCCACUCUUAAUUUUGGACCCCAUAUGAAGGUGAGAAAAAAAUUUUUUUUAGAAGUUGAAAAAAUUCUUAAGCAAAUUCUAGAAUGCUUAACUGCUAAAGAAAAGUUGGGCUUUAAAGGGCACAGCGUCCUUGCCUGGCAGACACAGGGUGGUCACUCGUCCCUGUGUGCACUGCCAAGUCCCUUCCUGCCUUAUCUCCCAAUGGAGCCUGUCGGGGAGCCUUGGGAGGCAGCAUGGUGUGAUGGAAGAACCCGUGCGACCAAAUGGUUGCUUGUAAGCUCCAGGAUUUUCCACAAGGUCCUGAGCUUCGUGUGCUUUAUGAAGCACAGGCUCAGUGAACUGCCCCCCUCUCAGAGAGCAGGUGAGGACUGAAGUGUGUUGAACAGCAGAUGUAGGGACCCGCACACUGGCUUCUAUUCCUAGACCCCGAGUUCUGCAGGUAUCUUGAAGGAAGAGAAGCCCCUCUGUCCUGCAGCUUCUUUGGUUUCUUGAAGAGUUGAGGAAAAACACGGGCUUCAGGUAGAAACUACUUUGCAGUCUAGCAGCUCUGAGUUUAAAGCACUACUUAUGAGCCAUAAAGCUCGGGAAGUUCACCGAAUUCUUAUUCUUUGUUUCCUCGUGUGUAAGACACACACAAACCAAGGAACCAUUCUCCAUCAUGUUUUGUUUUCCACAUGACUCUUAUCACUACUUAAGAUUAUUCAUUUAUUUGUAUUUAUGGUCAGUCUCUCAUUCCAGCUCUACUCAAAUAUAAUCCCCCAAAGGACAAAGACUUCAUGUCCUGUUUGCCACUUUAUAUAUGCCUUGCCAAAAAUAGUGACGAGUGCAUUGUUAUUUAUUCUUUUCAUCUUUGACUUCUUUUAGACCAAAACAAUGCAAAAUUUAAAAAAAUUCUUCCUCCCAGGACCACAUGUGUGUACAGUCCUAAAUGUGUGUACAGUUGCUAGGUUAGAGACUGGGCAAAGACGUGUUGUUAUCAGAACAGCUUGAUACUCAGCUGCUGUUUCCUGAAGACACACUAAGCCUUGGAUGGCAAUCAGGCAAAUGAUAUUGGAAUACUGACAGACAGAUCCUGACUUGGGAAAGAGCAUGACUUUCCGUCCUGCUUGCUCUUUGGUGUGGCUGGGUGAGGCUCAGAGGGCUCUUGGGUUUCAGUUCAUCUAGGAAGGUAUUUAGCAAAUUAUUUUUAACUGUUUGGAUUUGGUACAAAUCACCCAAGGAAUCUGCAGUCUCGGCACAAGUGCAGGACAAGAGUGGGAGGGAGAAGCAGACCAGCAAGAGGGCACAGGUGUCCUGCAGCUGCCCUAGAGGGACCAGGUCCCUUCCUUGCCUCUGACCUAUGACCCAGGGCCUCCAUUUUGAUGCCUAUCUACCUUGUACCCUGGGGAUCACUGAGAUUCCAAGGACCUCCAUGGCCAUCUGGACGUUUAGAGUCAGGCACUGGAGUGGUCAGGACUCAUUACACCCUCCCUGGGAAGAGCAGGCCUUUGUAGUAGUGAACUGUGGCAUAGAGUAAACUAGCCCUGGGAAAAGCAACUCUCAAGCCCUGAGACUGGUUUCUCUGGGCUGUUCAAUCCCAGGAGGGUUGGAAGGGUAGUGUCAGCCGUCCCUGCACACCCCAGGAGCUGUGUGCAAAAUGCAAUGUCUUGAACAGGUUUGGAACCCCUGUCCUGCACAGGCCUUGCAGAUCCCUGCUGACUCUGCACGCCAGCCCCCAGCACCCAGGCUCUGCGGGGGUGGGUUGGGCAGACAUGCUGAGGCCGCUCACAGCUGCCCCGUCUUGCUGGGGCUUUGCACUACAACUCUCUCAUCUCUUACUGUGUUUGCUCACUUGCACAAUUAAGUCAGGCCCAUUGGUCAUCAAGCCCUGACUUGUGAGAAGAUGGCUUGGUGGAAGGUGGUUUGGGGAAAGUCGAAAAACAAGAUGCCUCUGGAUACCUGGGUUUGAGAAGAAAGGAAAAUAACCCUAAACCUACCUUUGAAUCUUCCUCCAAUCACCGUCUGACCCAGCCAUCUCUACACUUGGUGAGGGGAACUAGUGAUGUGCCUGACCCUGCCACCCAAGCAAGUAUGUCUCCAUCCAGGAGUGUUUAUUCCUCCUCUGUCCAGCUCCAUCCAUGAGUCCGUGCCUGGCCAGGUUCUUCCUGGGCCCAUAGACAGCACGUGUGUGUUUGCACACAUGUACUUGUGCCUGUGGUGCAUCUGCCUAUGUGUGUGUACCUCUAUGUGUGCACAUGCGCACAGUUACGCACACUUUUAACUACCAGCAAAUGCUUCUGUUACAACACAAUUCCAUUCCCUGUAAGACCCAGCACUCCCUGGGGCAUGAACAGCUGCCACUGUGUGUAUGUUGGUUUUUUCUGAUGAAAGUUCUGUCCUCCUCAAUAGGAGCAGGGCAGGGCAGCAUCUCUGUCAUGUGUGGCCGUGGUGUUGUGCUCUGUGGAACCUCAGAGGCUGGCUAACCUCUGCUUCAGGGUAAGACAGGCAACUCGUGUGGCUCCAGCCCCCAGUCUUGUCACGCUUCGCCACCUUGUGCAUUUUUUCUCUGGCAAAUGUCACCUCAGUCUUCAAGGUUCCCCAAUCUGUGUCCCAUUUAUCAUGGAGGAUUCUCAUUGUAUGAGCUCCUUGAAAAUGAAGACCUCCUCCUGACCAUCUCUGUAUCUGUCUUCCUAACCCAUGCACCUGUUUAGCACUUCAGAAGAAUAUCUUUCAACGAAUGGAUGGAUGGUUGUGUAUUUCCUUCUGGGCAUGGAAGUGGACGUACUGGAUCAGGGAGGUAAUAUAUAGAAAGUCUGCUUCUGCCUCCGGUGACCUCACUAUUCAGUUGUCUUAUUGUCAGCAGAUGCUGGUCAGGUGGUAUGAGAAAGGAGGGGUUCCCUGUGUCUCAAAUAUUCCAACUCUUAUUUUUAUAGAGGAUUCAGAAAAGUAUUUCCUGGAGUUCUCCUUUUGGACAACUCCUUUAGGAUUAUCCCAUUCCCAUGGCUUGAGUCACUGGGGGUACAUGCAUGACUAUCCCAUGGGUGUCAUGUACCCCUGGUGGUACAAACAGAUUAGUCACUUGUAUAGAUCUUUUCACUAAUAUAAUUAGUAAUAAGCUGCCUGAUGGGUGGUUUAAGCCACCUAGCAGUAAGACAGAUGACAGGCCUGUUGCAAACCUGUUAAACUACAAGAUUACUAUAUCCAUCAAAUUCUUUGGGUUCAAAGUUAGAUGCGAACUCAGACAGACUGUUGUAAAUGUGGAUUUAUUUGUCCAUAACCCUGAAAACUCCUGGGUACCCACCACUAGAUCCAUGUGUGCAGAAAAUGUAAGUUGUGAGCGUUCUGACUCCUUCUGUAUUGUCCAUUCUUAGGCAGGCUCUUGCCUCCUAGUAGCAAGAUGGCAGCUAUAGCCCUGGAACCACAUCUGGAAGUGCAGCCACCUUCAAGAAACAGCUAAGGUCUUGCCUCAUUGGUCCAUUAUGAGCCAAUCACUGUGGUGGUGCGGAACAUUUCUGCCUCUCAUUGGUUAGAUCUACUAUGAGUUCCCAGCCACUGAGCUCUUAUGGGGCUCAGUACAGAGCUCUGGGUGUGUUCCCUCCUCAAGUCUUUGAGCCCUCCUCCCCGAGAGCUCUCAGAUGGGUUUAUCGUCAGUGGUGCUUGCUGCAGAGGGGGAAGCGAGGUAGACCCAGCAGGGUCUGAGUCCUUGGAAAUGAGGAGUGGGACAGGAGCCACAUGAUUGGCAGGCAGCCAGCCCCUGUGACAUCCAUCAGGCGGCCUUGGGGUUUGGUGGUGACCUUUAGGGAUGAAGAAGACCAGGUAUUCCUCUAGGGGAGAUCCUUCAGAGAGACUUAGGAGAGACAGAUGUGGCUGCAGCCCCCAUGUUCUUCAAGGGCAGGGGCAGCUUUUCAAAUGACAGAGGAUGAUUCCCCUAACCUCAAUCUGCCUCUAUCCGUCUGUCUCUCUGUCUGUCCUCACACACAUGCCCAGCCCAGAACCUGGGCGUUCUAGUGUCUCAAGAGAACCAGUAUAGUUUGUUCUGUCUGUUUGCCUUGGGACAAAAAAUGAACCUCUGGAGUGACGGUUUCUCGAGGUAGUCAGGGCCUUGGCAUAGGCAUCACUCUGAGGACCAAGGAGAAGCUGGGGGUGAUGUUCCUUUGGGCCCUGCUGGGAACGGUGGGUCACACCCUAUUUCUGGGACCCUGUGAGGUAUAGGGAAUGCCGGAGCCCACAGCUGGUCUUACCAGUGGGAAUGCAUUCGGCAGUUCUGCUUUCUUGAGAGGGGUUACAGCUGCUGCUAGAUUUCUGCCAGCAUUCGCCCCGCACGAUCUAGAGGCCCAGCGUUUGCCCCUGCUAGGUUGAGAUGAGGGUACAGAGCCCCCAUGGCUGCAGUGCAGGAACUGCCCUCUCAUUGUGUUUACAAACAGGGAGCUGCAGCCUGGCCAGUCACUGCUGGUGGGCCCAAGUUUCAUAUGGAGACGGUUUCUGCUCUUCUCCCCUGAUGAGAACUCCUGUUUGCUAGAGCUGACAUCAUCCAGCCUUUGGUCCAAAUGUAAUUAUACUUUCCAGAGAUACAGGCCUGACCUGGCCAAGCAAGUCUGGAAAAUAAAUAGAACCCAUAGAAGAACGUGGUCACUGCCACAAGGUAGACCUAACCAUAACUCACUUGGUUUUCAAUGACAUUAUAAAAAUCAAAUCAAAUUCUACUCCCAUCUAUUUUACUUUAGCCAAGUGUUCUUGUUCAAAAUGAAAAUCAGAUGGUUUUCUUCUUUGUUUUUUUUCAAAGCAAAUGGCUACAAACACUUUACUUAAUAUAAUUUACUGGAGACUUUUCCUAAAAGAACAUUUAUGUUGCUUUCUUUUAUGCAUGCAGUAACUUUUGAUCAAAACAUGACUUCACUGCCUUAUUUAAUGUUGAGCAUCUGGAUUAAAGGCCUUUGAAUCUUAACUACAGAUUAUGGCUCUCUUCCCCUUUAAGCAAACCACCAUAAAACCCUGGCGCCCUUCCAGUUUUCUUCAUUAAAGCUCUCUUUAUUACAGUGUUUUGGAUGGCAGUCAUUAAAUGAUUGUUAUGCACAAUGGGCACUUGAUUAUAAUUAUUUAGCUGGCAAUCAGUUACUGCGGCAGUUCAGCAGGAUAAUUAAAAGGGAGCAUGUCUGUACCUGCCAGUGUCUUUGAGAUCUGCAGCCCUGCGUGAGUGGGGGGACAAGCUGACUGUAAACAUGUGGACAGAAGCCUCUGGCGGGUGCCUGCUGAAAGGAGCUUUUCUUCCAUUCCUCUGCAGUCUGCUGCUCGACCUCUCUCCUUCCUUAAGGUCGAUGAGCAAUGAUGAGAAAAUAAGAUGUGGAGAAGAGUUUUUGUACUGUAAACUCCUGAAUCAAUAAAGACAUUUAGUAUUGAAUGUAAGUUUCUCCAUGUGCUAAGAAUAGCCAAACAGACAUCAAUGUCUUCAUAUAAUUCUGCUUUAAAAAAAAUAAAAUACAAGUUAGGAAAGAUUUUUCACUUGAAUUUAUAAAUUUCAGCAUUUGUCUUUUUGUUGUUGUUUUUGGGUUUUUCCCCCAGUGUUGAUUUCCUGACAUACAAAUUGAUCCGAAAGACCAUAAGCAAAAAGUAUAAGAGAUUAAUGGUAUCUGUUAGCCCACAGUUGAAGCUGCUGGUUACUGAAAAAGAUAGCAAUACUGUGAUUGUCACCUUAAAUGGGCUCGUACUUGGAGAACCGUUUCAGUUGUGAAAAACUUUAACCAACAUAAACAAAAAGGGAACUUCUUGGUUUAAUUAGCUUGAAUGUUAUUGGAACUGCUCCUAGGAUUUUUUUUCCUUGUUAUUUUGAGUCAGGGUCUCACUAGGCAGUUCAGGCUAGACUUGGACUUACUUUUGUAGCCCAGGCUGCUCUCGAACUUGCAGCGACUCUCCUGCCUCAGACUCCUAAGUUCUGGGGUUACAGGCAUGCCUGGCAAUUUAAGGAAGACCUGCGGCGACCAGAGCUCAGGGUCAGGAAGUGGGAUCCGGUACUGCUCAAAGUCUGACCCUCUGCUGAGUUUACCUGUCUCAGGUUACAUCCUGAGAUGAGGCUCCCAGCCUUUACCCUGUGGCAAGAAACUGUGGCCAUCAAUAACCCUAGACUUCCUCUUUUGCUAGCCUGGAAACUCCCAUGGAAAACAUUUGUCUUCCACCUUUUAUAAGUCAGUGUCAGGAAGGGCCACCAGUUGGCCUUCCUGAGCCAUAUACCGGCCCGGCAUGAUUUUUAUAGCCAAAGAAAUAACACAAUGUGAUUGGCCAAGCCAGAGUCACAUGGUACCCUGUUGGUGGCUCAAGGAAGAUGGAGUCCUAGGAUGACAGUCCCAUUAGACACUGAUUUAUCUACUUAGGUGGUACUCUGAAGAUGAAGGAAAGCGUGUGCUUCUGUACACGUUUACAGUACAUACUGGUUACAUUCCUCGUGGGGGUGUUGGCACAUGUAUAAACACAUCUUAUUUCCUUUUUCAUCUCCUUUCUCUUCCGUUAUUGUCCUCUCCCUCCAUCUCUUGGUCCCCUUCCUUGCUGCGCAAGAUUGAUCUUCCUGCUUCCUAUUAUCUUUCAUUUUACUCUUUAUUAUAUUUUGGGUUUCCCAUAUAAGAGAAACUAUGUAAUAAUGAAGAGUGUUGUCUGAUUUAUUUCACUUAAUGUUACGUUCUCAAGUUGCAUCCAUUUUCCCAUCACUGAGUCAAAUUUCUCUCUCUCUAUGGCAGAGUCGGGCUCCAUUAUGUGUAAAUACCACAUUGUCUUUAUCCACUCAUCUGGUUGAUAGACAUACAGGUUGCUUCCAAGAUUUAGCUAUUAUGAGUUGUGCUGCUAUCAGCAUAGGUAUGCUUGGGUCACUGUAGUAUGAUGCCUUUAACUUUUUUGAGAACACACCUAGAAGAAGAAUACCUGCAUCAAGUAGAAUUUCUACUUGCUGUAGAAUUUCAGUUUUUUAAGGAAUCUCCAUACUGAUUUUCAUGGUGGUGGUGCUAGUUUACAUUCCCACCAACAAUAUAGAAGGAUUUGUUUUCCCCAUGGCCUCUGCAGCAUUUGUUAUUACCUGGUUUCUUUUUUUUUUUUGGGAGUUGGGGAAGUGGUACCAGGAAUCUAACUCAGGGCCUUGGGCUUGCCAGGCAGGCGCUUUGACACUGAAUGGUAUCUCUGGCAUUACUUGAUUUCCUGAUGAUGACUGUCCUUUCUAGAGUAAGACGUAAUCUCAGUGUUGUUUUAAUUUGUACUUUUCUAAUGGCCAGUGAUGUUGAGUAUUACUUCAUGUGUUUAUUGACCAUCUGUACUUCUGAGAAGUGUCUAUUCAUUCCACUUGGCCAUUCUUUGAUUAUGUCUUUUAUUGGAGGAGUGUCUAAUUUUUAAAAAAUUUUUUUCUUUCUAGAUGUUAGUUCUUUCUCUUAGGAUAGCUGACAAAAUUUUUUUUUCCUGAUCUGUAGGUUCCCUUUAUUCUAUUGGUUGUUUCUUUUGCUAUGUGGCUUUUUAAUUUAAUAUGAUCCCAUCUUUUGGUUCUUGGAACUGUUUCCUGUUGCAGCUAGGUUCUCUGAGAAAGUUGUGGCCUGUGCCUGUGACUUCAAAAGUUUUACCUACUUUAUCUUUCAAAAGAUUGUAGCAUUUAGAUCUUCAAUCCACUUUGAUUUUAGUUUUGUAUAUGGUAAGAGAUGUGAGACUAGAUUCAAUCUUCUGUGUGUGAAUAGCCAGUUUUCUCAGCACCAUUCCCUCCAGUCUGUGUUUUUUCAAUGAAUAGCUGAAUGCAUUUGGGGUUGUUUCUGCUACCUCUACUCUGGUCCCAUUGAUCCUCAUGUCUGUUUUUAUGCCAAUACCAUGCUGUUUUUAUCACUUAUCUUUGUAAUACAGUUUCAAGUCCAGGACUGUGUUACCUCCCACUUUGUUCUUAUUACCAGGAUUGUUUUUGACACUCUGGGUUUCUUCUGGUCCCAUAUGAAUUUUAGGAUUAUUUUCUCAUUUUUUUGUACCAGGAAAUGAACUCAUAACCUUGUAUUUGCCUGGCAGUUGUUCCCCUGAGCUAUAUCCCUGGCCCUAUUUUUCCCAUUUUUGUGAAGAAUGCUAUUGGUAUUUUUAUUGGAAGUAUAUUAAUCUGAAUAUCAGUUUUGGAAGUAUGACCAUUUUGACUAUGUUGGGUCUGCCUAUCCAGGAACAGAGGAUAUCUUUCUAUUAACAUAUGAUUAUUUUUUAAAUGAAUUUGAAAAUCUAACUGGACAUAGUGGCAUAUACCUGUAAUCCUAGCACUCUGAAAGGCUGAAGCAGGAGGGUCACCAUGAAUUUGAGGUGAGGCUGAGCUACAUAGUGAGUUCAAGACCAGGCUGAACUACAUAGCCACACCCUGUCUCAGACAAGCUGAACUCCUCAGUGUUUUCCAAAGUGAAUCUAUGUCUUUCAUUUAGAAACAUUCCACCUUAUAAGGCUAAGGUAUAAAACUAUCUACCUGAUUUUCAAAUGAUCCCUUUGUCUUACCUGUGGACACAAUUGAGCUCUUUUGUAAUGUGGCCUAAGGGCAGGCCAUAAAGGGAGGAGAUGCCUCCUCCAGCGAUGAUGACUCACACCCUGGUUGUGUGACCAGUGAAAGGUGCAGAACUGGGGACUCCAGGUAGCAUAGUUUCCAGGCACCACUUCUAGGAAUUUGCCUGCUUUCAGCAGUUUUGAUAAUAAAAUCCUCUGCUCCUCACUGGGCUUGCUUCUGUAUUUGAGUCUGUGAGUAUAAAGGCAAAGGUCUGAAAAACCACAGACUUAAAAUAGCAAAAAGCCUGAAAAGAACUGAAAAUAAAGGAAAACAAUUGAAAAUUUCAAUGAAAAUCCCCUGAGCUCCACAUUCCCUCUGAUACUGUGCGUGACAGUCUAACCAAUCUUAUGGUGAGGUUCAGAACCAUCCUGUUUAUGAAGCAAAUAAGGAAGAAAAUUAAAAUACCCAAACUUGACUUAAAAAAAGUAAUUCUCAAUUUCCUGUUUAUCUUUCUCAUGUACAUCUGCUAUUUAAUAAGUAUUUAAUGUGUACAACUGAGAUUUUUAAGCUUUGGUAACUUAUAUGAUUAAUAGAAUCCUACCUGAAAACAGGCAGAAAUCAACAUAUUUGUGUGUGUACGUGUGGUGUAUAUGUGUGUGUGUGUGUCCACACACACACGCAGAGUCGUUUUUGGUGUGCGGACCUUGGCGCCUGCUGGAGGAGUUUCUUGGGAACCUAAUCUUCUCAAUGGCAAGCUCCAGCCUGGCCUCUGCCAGCAGUUUAGUUCAUGCGGACUCUGUGCCAGUUUUCUUUUCACAUGUGUGAAAUAACAGUUUGGCGUGCAGCACACAAAACAGCGACUCCACACAAGACCGGCAUUUUUCAGAAAGGGAAAUGGACAGGUUCAGAGCUAAUUUUUUUUUCUUUAGCUGAACCGAGUUAAAUUAAAUUAAAUGUUGCAAGAGAUGGCUGUGUUUGUGUGAAUCGUAAGAAGUCAAAGGCCAUGGCGGUAAAGCUCCACUUUACGGAGUUGUUCUUGGAAUGGCUGCAUACCGUGUGACAGCUCACAACUUAGAGCCCGGAGCCUGGUGCCAGCACAAAACCCAAACAUUACAGAGUUCCUCCCAAGCCAGAUGGUUAUCAGUGCUUCUUGGAGCUUGGCAUCUGGUAGCCAGAGCCAGCUUGGAGUCACCUUCCCUGCCCUGGUUCUGAGGAAGAGGCCCAGAGUAAGGCAUGUCCUCAGAAAGGAGAGAAGCUGAGCCAAAACUGUAAAACAGACCCAGAGCCAGUGACAACAGCAUGUUCCCAGCAGAGGGGCUUUAGCAAAGGGUGGCCGGAGAGCUGGCCAGGGGUCACUUCUUCAUGUGUUUGUGUGUCUGUCAAAUCUCCAAACUCUUGGCUCACCCUUCCCUGCCAGAGUUGCUCACGUGUCACCCUGUCCACUUGGGGCUCUGUAUUCUCGCUAAGUCAUAAAAUCCUGGACUGAGGGCACCACUUGUCCUGGCACCCUGAACUCAGUCCAGAGCCUUGUCCUGUUCUCUGGGUUUCUGGUAUCACCUGAAGCCCCCAGGGAAGCUUUUGCUUCUUUGAGCUGGAUGUGUCGCAGAAGACCUGUGAAAUCUCUGCUUCCCAGGACUUGCAGUCCAGGCUCCUCAGUGAAUUUCCACAGCGUGGUCACUGCCAAGUCACACAGAUCUGUCCAGGAGGGCAGGCCAGGGCUGUCUGCGGUGACAGCUCCAAAAGCAGCCUGAAGUCCCGGCCAGCCGGGCCUCUCCCAUCCCAGGGUAGGCAUAACUCCCACCUGCUCACACAGCUGAGCACGAGAGGCCGUGCAUAGGAUUGAGUUGAUGCUGGAAGUGUAAACAAGUCAUAAAUUACUCCUAGUUCUCCUGCCCUGGGUCUUCAGUUAUAGAAAAAAACGCAUUCCCUGUAAUUGGGCUUAUUUGUAGAACAGAAUGGUUAAUCUUCUUUUAUGACUAUAAACUUCAGUGUUCUUCACCAAGCAUUUCCUGAGCUUAUAUUUUUUUUUAUCCAAUAAUGAUGAUAGAAGAGCUUAUAUUUUAAAUCAAGUACUGUGGAAGCAAAAAGACAAGAGUUGACUGUGGCAGAGCCUUAAUCAAAGAUGAACAAGUUUGGGAAGUGGAUGGCGUGAUGUUUGCACAAUAGUGUAACUGUACUCAGUGCCACCGCACUGGACACUUUAAGGUGGUUAAAGUGGCAGGUUUUCUUCAGUAUCAUUUACCACCAUGAAGAAUGAUGGUUCUUCAGCACAAUGGCUCUGGAAGGCUACAGUAGGUGGAUCCUGAGUUUGAGGCCAGUAUAGGCAACAGCAAGACCCUGCCUCAAAAGAAAUAAAAGGAGAAAGAAAAUACUAGGGCUCUUGAGCCCUUUUAAAGCCGAAGUUGUUUGGUGUAUAACCCUCAGCAGAGUUUAAGCAUGUGUGACUUACACUGGGACCUGGCCUUCCAGACUUCUUACAUUUGACAAAGCAGGUUAUUAUCUCAGAUUUCUCUUCUUAUUGCCAACAGAGUCCAAGGCCCAAAAAGAUAUGAGGUCCUCCUCACUGCACUCACAAGGUGGCUUGUAGAGUUGUUGACUUCCAUGGCAGAAAAAGAAUCUUCAGGACCUGUCAAUGAGAGGCAUUUUGAAAAGUACACACAGAAUACAGAGACAGAUUAUGCUCCAAGCUUAGGGGUUUUCUGUGGUCUUGGGCACGUCCUCAAGGUGAGCGGUGAGGGAUGUGUAUUGCUACUGUCUGUCAGGCCACCCAUGUGGUGGGUGAGGUUGGGAUGUAUCGUUGCAGUGUCUGAGGUUCAGAGCCAUGAUGUACUUCCUGAAAGAUGGAGUUCUGUGGGAGGAAGUGCAACUGACAGUGAGAAGCACAGGCCCAGUGCUGGCCUGAUGACACUCACUUGUAAUGUGCAGUUGGGAGGUUGAGGCAGAAGGAUCACCAUGAGCUCAAGGCCAGCCUGGGCUGCAUAGUGAGUUCAAAGCCAGCCUGAACUACAUAGCAAGAGCCUUUCUCAAAAAACGUGAUUAAAUGAAUGAACGGAUGAAUGAAUGAAUGCAUGCAUAGACCCUGAGCUUCACUUUUAGGCUUCUUUUAUCUCUGCGUCCCUUGAAAUUUUUGGAGUGAGUUUCCUAGAAGAGAAAAAGGCAUUGUUACUUUGAGUAAUCUCUGUGUCCUGCCACUAGUUUUCCUUAAAAGUACAAUUGCAAAAUUACAAAGGUUUUUGUCACCUGUUCAGCUACUGUUACUUUUCAUACUCUGUCUCACUGUCAUGAGAGUAGUAUCAAGGUUUCCUUGAAGCUACCAGGGAUUGAUCUUUGCAACUGGCAUGAAGCAAGCCCCUCCUCUUGAGUCACGUAGCAUCUCCUGAGCAGUGCCCAUUGCAUUGUUGGCCCCUGGUACUAGGGCUUGGGCGCGGGGGGGGGGGUGCUGGCCUGCCCUAUGUCCUCACUCUCUGGGGGUGGGAGGAGGGCCUGCCCUGCUGGGUUGUGCCAUAACUGUGGAGGGGGGCCAUAGAUGCUGUCCCUGGAGCCCUAGCGCCUUUGCAGUGGGCAGGAAAGUAUAAAAACACAGCUGCCUGUGUCCUCCUUCUGCGAGCGCUCUUCUCUCUCUCUCUCUCUCUCUCUCUCUCUCUCUCUCUCUCUCUAUCUAUCUAUCUCUAUCUGUGCUGCCUGCCUGGGAGCUGGGAUCCAGGACAGGAUGCUCUGGUCCUGGAGCAGGAGCAGCCUGGAGCCCCCAGCAGCUGUGGGGACAUAGGUGGCUUGGUAUCCUUGGUGCUAGGUCUCAAAGCCUCAUUUUCUCUCUCCUCAACCUGCCACCUUCCCCUGGGUAUAGAAUCUCCUCCUUGUUUCCUCUGACCCUUUGUCCCUCAACCUGGGCCAGCAGUGCAGGAGGCCCCUCAUGCAUUCAGCCCUGUGUCUUUAGUGCAGUGAGUUUCCUGCCCCUCCUGGUGCCAGGGAACUCGCUGGCCUCGCAUCAGGCAUUGCUGAGAGCUAGACCCCAGCCUGUGGUGACUAAUGUGGGAUUGAUCUGCCUCCCUCACAGACAGCAGAUAGUAGAGAGUGAGACCCUCUUAGUGCCCUGAGCCACAGGGUUUGCUGAUGCUUUCCGUCCUGCUGUGGAGCCUCUUCCUUGAGGAAGACAGCACUUGGAUGCAGUGGAUGCUGAAACCAGUAGUGCCCAGUCUACUGAUUUUUCCCCAUCUACAUUAUACCCAGCACCGAGAGCAAGGGAGAGAACAUCCUUCCUCCUCUAGAACUUCUGUCACCCUCUUUCCAGGCAGUACCCCAAAAUACUUGCUAUUCAGACCUUAAAUGAGCUGUAUCUGCCUCCAUCCACCCUCAUGCCCUCCUGUCCUAUAUAAGAUCAUUUCAAAAUGUGAAAUCAGGGCCGAGAGUGCAGUGCCUUCAGGGGUGGAACCCUUGCCUAGCAUGCACGUGGCCCUGGGUCCCAUCCUCAGCAUUGAGGAGGGAAAAAAACCGUGGCUGUAGUAACAAAAAAGCAAUAGUGGCAAUUUUAGAAAUGCUUCUCCUGCCCCUCCCUGUGUGCUAAUACACCCACCCCUUGCCUCCAUCCCCCAGAGCCAGCUCAUGAGGAGGGAGGGAGCUGUCCUAACCCCUCUGCGCCAAGUCUGGAAGGGGGAGAUGCCGCCUGGACACCAUGGUCCUGUGUUUAGGGCACCCAGCCUCUCAGUUCCGUGCUUCCUGAAAUGAACCAGAACGCACUUGCUUAGACCUGGUGCUUGCGUGCACAGAUCCUAUUCUCUUUCCCUCAAGGUUAAGUUUCCUUUCCCCUGAUUGCUUUGAAUUUCCUCUACCAGGUGAGGCUCCAUCUGGAGAGUUGCCCCCACUGUGUUCCUUCGGCAUGUUCUGAACUAUCAUAGGCAGACAGGAUAGAGGGAGGGACACAGAAGUCCCAUUGAACUUGUACUGCCCUACUCUGAUUCUUAUAUUUAGAAGAGGAGCUUAAUCUGUUUACCGUACAGUAAAGAUAUCUGCAAGGAGCUGUCAUUAUACUAUACUAACAUUGGAGCCUAACAGGAAAUCAGAAGGCUCACAGAUGUCAUGUGCUUAAUGUGAGUUUUCUCCCUGCCAGCCCUGCAGCCGAUCAGGAGAGGCUCACAGUGAGCUCCAAAGAACCCACUAAUGCAUGGGUUUGCUCCCUAGGCUUCACCAGUCACAGUGUUCCCAGAGUUCUGAGAGGCAGGGGGGGGAGAGAGAGAGAGAGAGAGAGGAGGAGAGGAGGGGGCAUGAAUGAGCAAGCCCAAAAGAAUGGGACAGGUUCUGUCACGACUGUGGAGAUAGGGUGAUACUGUCCUUUGGUACUGAGCGGAACUUGGUGUAAAGGUUUCUACAGACAGCAUGGCACAAAGCACAGUUCAUGGCCUGAAGGGAAGGAAAGGAGAUAUACCAGAAGGGUUAAGUCUUCAAAACUGUCUUGUCUGCAUUUUUAUCCAUGGUUUAGAUUAGUACAAAAUGGCUCAUCUAGCAAAUUUCCAAGUGAUACAAAGCAGGAAAGAGAACAAAACUCAGGACCCAAAGAGAUUGACCCUCAAGAGCCCCUCGAGGUAGUGCAGCAGGCACAGAGGGUGUAGCUUUUAGGCCUUUGGCCAUGGCCUGACUGCAUUCACAGCCCAAGAGAAGAAACUGAGACACCCGCAAGGCCCUGGUGUAUAAGGGGGAGCAGAGGGCUGCAUCACUGCAGUGAAGGCCAGCAGCCACACGGCAGGCUCGCCGGCCAUCCCCAUACCUGGAGAUGCUGAGGGAUGUGGACAGCCGGCCUUGAGGACACAGUGUAAAGAACCUUCUUGAAUAGAAAAUGGGCAGUUGGGUGGAAGGAAAGCAAACCAAAGGACACAGGCUCAGUCCUGCUCAGCAGUCCAUGUCCUGGUUCCAUCCACAGCACCACAAAAAGAAGUAGGGAGGUUGGUUCCUCCCAUGGAGGAAGGGCUGUUGGGAGGGGACGUUAUCGCACUCUACUAAGAAAACACUUGCAGAGAAAGGGCUUGGCGCUGGAGGCCAAGUUAAACAGGAUGCAGCCCUGGCUCCAAGUGCUCGCUGUGGUGCCCUCUUCACGCCAGGGUUUCAGUCACUUCCUAUCCCUGAAUAGGUUCCUGACCUGCAGGAGUGGUGGGAGGUGGAGCAUGUUUGCACAAGCUCAUUGAGGGAAGUGACCCUCAAGGUUCCCAAGGAUAAGAGAAGGCUUCCCACCCUCCACCCCUUCCCCUCCCCAGAAGGCAGCCACAGCCCACCUGUCACAGGGGACUGUAUUGGAGACUGCCUGGGGCCAUGCACUUGGUGGCUCGGUGGGGCUGCUGAGGUCUCAGCUCUGUGACUGUCCAGUACCACCAGGGCAUUAGGGGCUAUCAUGACACACGUUAGCAGGGAACAUGGCUCCAUCACACAGUGCUUACCUAGCGUGUGUAAGACCUUGGGUCCAAUCCCCAGCACCGUAAAGAAGAAAUAGCAUAAAUAACUAACUCCAGAGAAUGCCCACAUGGCUACUCAUUUUGUAAUCCUGUCAAUCCUGGGAUAUUUUGUAACCCUGUUACUGUCACAAGCUCUAAAUAGUCUCCUUUGAUUCAAAGCCCAUUUGAGUGAAGAAUCAUGAAUUCUUUCUAAGCUAAUUCUUUAGGCUGCAUUUUGUUACUCGUUCUGGGCUAGAAAAGAGAAGUGUAAAGCUCUUAUAUUUGACCUCAUAAUAAAGUGGGCAACAGUCCGUAGGUCUUUCCUAACGUCAUCUCUGGUGUCAUCCCUGACAAAACUCCUACUGUGUUUCUUGCCUUCAUAAUUCUUUCAGUUUCUAAAUACAUAAUCCUGAGUUUCCCUGACUUCCCCCUCUACCUCCUUGCCCUUAUUCCAUUUUAAUACAAGUUGCACAGAGCCUGUUAAUAUGAGAUACAAAGCAGAUCAUUUGGUUGUUUGUAUUUUAGAUAUAGGGACGGCUGUAAGUUUAGAGGCAACCUUGAUACCCAAAAGCUGCCAUCAUGUUUGCUUACUGCUGUCAGAGGAGCAGUGGUCUACAGGAGCCCAGAUUAUAAUCAUUUAAUACUUGUAUCAGCACAGCCCUGUGCUGAUAUAAACGAAUAUCCUGGCACGCACUGUGACAACCGCAGCCUUGGCUGGCCUAGCAGAACACAGAAAGUUCCAACCUGAUUCAUCAGGCAGAUGCGAGCCCACACUGGACACUGCAUGCUUCCUUGUGUCUUGGGCUGCAGAGCCCUCAAUUUAAGAGUUUUUUCACUAUAUUUUUCUCUUAUUCUAUGCCACUCCAGCUUUUAAUACCUUCUUGGAACCAAGGCUGUGGUCCCAAAAUAGAACUUCCACAAAUGUGAGUCCACUGCACCACUAGAGAAAACCAGGAAGCUGCAAUGUGGGUGGCAUGAUCCAGGGUAGUGCUCCUUUCUAAGGAGCCAGAGCUGUGGCUGUGUGGCCUGACGCCCAGUGGGCAGUGCUGCCCCUGGAGGAGGGGUCGAUGCCCGCCUGUCAGAACAGCCUUCCUCACUGCAGGUGAGCUCCCAGCCUCUGUGUCUGGUGCUUAACCCUCCAGCGCCUCGGCUCCCCUCCAGGGCUAAUCUCCCACUGCACUGGUUGGUACCAAGUCGCCUCUGUGACCAGACACCUUUCCACUACCCCUGGAUUAAAGAUCCAACUCUUCAUUGGUCCCCAAGGGCCACCAGGUCUAGGAGGUCUGCAGAAUACUGUACUUUUCAGUGAUUCAGGGGAAAAAGUAAGCACAUUUUAAGAAAAAUGUAACAAAAUGUUGCCAAUUCACAUAAAGUCCUCAUUCAAGUUUUCUCCCAAUGUAAAAUUUUUCAAAUGAUACACAGAAAAUAUUACUACAAAAAAUCCAGGCACGGAGCAUGUGGAGUACACUUUUAUAAGUUGUGUGUGCGCGUGUAUGUGUGUGUGUGCGCACACGUGCUAGUGUGUGCUCAUGCUGGGCGGACUGACUAGAGAUGAGGCCCUGGACACGGAGGACGGCAGCUGCCAUGGAAUUGGGUGGCCGAGGACCAGGAAUUGGAGGAAAGCGGCUUCUGAUCUUCUGCUGCGUGCUCCUGCUUUCAUCUGUGAAAGACGCAGCUGGUUCUUAGCCAGAUGUGAUGGUGCACACCUGUAAUCCCAGCACUUGAGGACUGAGGCAGGAGGAGUCCCAUGAGUUUGAGAUAAGCUUGGGUUACAUAGUGAGUUCAAGACCAGCCGGAAUUACCGAAUGAGUCCCUGUCUCAAAAACAAACAAACAAACAAAAAAAAAACUGGUUCUUAAAAUAAUCUCUGCUUGGCAGGGGAUUUAGCUUAGUGAUGUAAGCGCCUGCCUGGCAAGCACAAGUUCGUGAGUUUGAUCCCCCGUACACCAAAAAAACCCAACAAGAUCUCUGUUCUUUCUGUGUUGUUUCACUGUCUGCUGCACUAGGGUAAAUGUGGUGAUGCUUGACCCAAGGACCACUUGCAGAGCCUUUUCUCAGGCCCGUGGCUCCUCAGCACCUCUGCUGGGCCACCUCAUGCAUUCUCUGCACCCCACCCUGCACAGAAAAGCCCUGCCUCUGCCUCUGCUCCACGAGGGCGUUUUUACAGCUGGAUGAAGGAGGUGGGCACAUGGGAUGGACUUCGGGAGAAAAAGGUGUGUUUUCUCCAUGACUCAGACCCGUGGGAGACCAUUUCUAUGCAGGACUUCUAAUAAAUAACUUGUCUACUCUGAGUCCUGAUGUUGAGGUUAGAAUUCAGGGAAAGAGGCUUGUGUCCCUGAAGGUGUCUUCCAGGGACGAGUGCCAGAAGCAGUGGCCCCCUCGGGUGUAGCUCAGGGCCGGGAAGUUGCAGGGGGAAGAGACUGCAAGGGUGAAGAUGCAGAUCUUACACCUGACAGGUGAAGACACUGAUGCCAGACGAGUCACACGGCCAGUGGCCACCUGUCCCCUGGGCCAUGGGACCUGUGGAGAUUCUGGGCUUCUUGACAGCACAGAGGCAGUGAGUCUGUUUGCUGAUUCACAGAAGAAAAGGGUACAUGCCGGUGAGAGGGGGCCGCUGGGGAUGAUAAGGAUCUCGGAUCUACUGGGAGCCAUGUUUGUGGGUGCAAGGCCUGACCUGGAAGCCAGGCACUCUUGCCAGAGGAAGACUGGUAAGCACAUGGGGCCUACAGGGCACUCUAUGCCCUCGGGGCAUUAAAGCACCAAAUAGUAAAACCUGACACACAACUUUGUCCUGACUUCUAACUGCACUGUGCAAUACUUCAGCCAUACAACAGCCUUGGUCCAACAAAAACCACGUGUAUCAUUCAAGCAAGGACAUGCGAGAUAUUCAGAGAAAACCCUGGCGAGACCCCCCAGGCACAUCCCCUCCACACUUUGGUGCUUAGUGUAGCUGUGUAAGUCGUGCUACCCUUGCUACCUCUGUGGUGUCUCUGGAUGAUCCACUGUCUUCUUCCCGCAGUCUAAACUACACAUAGAGCUCAAGCUGCACAAAUCUGCCUAACUUCCUUUUUGCAGGCAAGGAUGGUUUUUAAACUUACAUUUUAACUGAUCCAUAAAAACAUAAGGAUGGUCCCAAUGUGUGAGGUACCAUAUAUUAUUUCAUUAAGUGAAUGCAUUAUGUUGUGUUUAAAGCAGCUUAAACACAUUCAUCUCUGUGUAUUUAUCAUUACUGUAUGGUGAAGACUUUCAAACUCCUUCCCUGUAGCUUUUUGCAACAUACAGUGCAUUCUUUUUCCCUGUGGUUUCCCCCAAGCUUCUCAGCCCUCUGUAACUGUAACUUAGUCCCCUACCAGCCUUUCUUCAUCCCCACUGUCUGGAAACUACAUUCUGCUGUCAACUUCUGUAUAAUCCACUUUUCUAUAUUCUACAUGCGAAUGAGACCACGCACAACUUCUUUUUCGGUGACUGGCUUGUUUUACUUAGCAUAGGGGUCUCUAGUUCUAGCCAUGUUCUCAUAAGUGGCAGGAUCUCUUGUUAUGACUGGUAGUAUCCACUACGUACAUGUGCCUCCCUUUCCUUUCUCAUCCAUCAGUUGAUGGGCACUUUAGUGGCUGUGAACAGUCCUGCAGUGAGCAAGGAAGCAUGGAUGGCUCUUCCACAUAGCAGCUUCUUCCUCCUUUGGAUGUGUACGUGGAAGUGGAAUUAUUGGCUCAUGUGGUACUUUUGUUAUUACCAUUUUAUGGAGCUUCCAUAUUGUUUUCAUAACAACUGUUCUAGGUUACUUUCCAUCAACAAUGUGUAAAGGUUUUCUUUUUUCCAUAGCCUUAUCAGCACUUACGUUUUUUGUCUUACUAGAGUGAGGUGAUAGCUCACUGUGAUUUUGAUUUGCAUUUCCCUGAUGAUUAAUGGUGUUGAGUCUUUUUUCAUGUUCCCUUUGGCCAUCUGUAUGUCUUCCUUACUUAAAUUUGUCGCUGUUUUUAACUGCAUUAUUGUGGAGUUAAGUUUUUGGAGUUCAUUACAUAGUCUGUAAAUCAACCUGUUAUCAGACAUUAUAUACAUUGCAAAUAUUUUCUACCAUUCCGUAGGCUGUCUCUGCACUCUGCACUUUUUACGUUGAUGUAAACUCAUUUACCUAUUUUGCUUUCUUCCCCUGUGCUUUUGGGAUCUCGUCCAAAAAGUCUUUGCCCAUCCCAGUGUCACAAGCAUUUCCUUUAUGUUUUCUUCAAGUAGUUGCAUAGUAUCAGAUCUCACAUUUUAUUUUAGCCUUUAUGCACUUGGAGUUGAUUUUUGUAAUUGGUGAGAGUUAUAGGUCUAGUUUCAUUUUCAUGUAUGGAUAUUCAGUAUUUCCAGAGCAGCAGAUGUUUUCUUCCAUAGGUGUUCUUCCUUCAAGUAGGUGUUCUUGCCACUUGUGUCAAAAAUCAGUUGGCUGUGGCUGUUUUGGUUUACUUCUGGGUUCUCUAUUGUUUGGGGUUUCUUUUGAGACGGUGCACUCCCCGUGCAGUUCAGGAUGGCCUUGAGCUCCAUUUGUAGCCCAGGCUGCUCUUGAAAUGCAGUGAUCCUCCUGCCUCAGCCUCCCAAAUGCCGAGAUCACAGGCGUGUGCCAACACACAUGGCUUGGGUUCUCUAUUCUUCAUAGGCAUGUACAUGGGAUUGCUUCAAAUCUGUGAGUUGCUUUGAGUAGUGUGGACCUUUAUGUCAGUGUCAGUUCUACCAUUCAAUGAACAUAAUGUCUUUCCACUGUUUAUGUCCUCCUCGACUUACUUCAUCAGUGUUUUGUCAUUUUCAUUGUGGAGAUGUUUCACUAGGGUGUAUUUUUGGGGUUCACUUACAUUGCUGCAUAUAGCUCUAAUUUAGCCAUUUUUACCACAGCAUGGUAUUGUAUUGUAUUUAUGUUUGAACCCAUCCGUUUUUCUGUUGAAAGGCAUCUCAGUCCUUUCCAAGCUCCCAAAGCUGUCAACAGUGCUCAGCCCAUCUCAGCACCAGCUCCCCAGCCCUGACACCUACGGCCUGCAGCCUGCAAUGCCCUUUCCGCCCCAUCCCCUGCGCCCUUCUCGGAACUCUGCAUGGGCCAACAGAUGGCCCUCUUUCUGCUUCAGCAGUUUGUGGCCCACAGAAAUCUGAGUACUUACCUGAGAGACGGCAUACUGAUUUACUUCAGGGUUUUUAAUUGGUAGAGUGAUACAAUCAGGUUGCCUGCAACUGUGUCUUAUUGUUUUAGUUUGAUUUUCUCCAAAAUAAGAAUUUCAAGGAUUUAACCUUAAAAAUCUCUUAUGGCUGAAAUUCCUUUUUUUUUUUUUUUUUUGUCUUUUUGAGACAGGGUGUCGCUAUGCAGUUCAGGCUGGCCUUGAGCUCAAUUUGUUGCCCAGGCUGGUCUUGGACUUGCAGUGGUCCUCCUGCCUCAGCCUCCUGAGUGCUGGGAUUACAGGUGUGAGCCACCACACUUGGCAAGGCUGAAAUUUCUUAGGGAGAAGAAAAACUGCUUUGGGGAAAGCAGGCCCUUUCUUUACUCAGUACCCUGCUGUCCUCCUGGCAGGCCAUGCUCGACAAGGCUGCCAAUGCAGGCUGUGUGUGUCUCUUGGCUGAGUCUUGCCAGACACAGGCCAGACCAGGAGGCAGCUGGGCCCUGGGAGAUGAAAUGGGAUUUCUUCCUCCCGGAUCUCAUAUAUCACAUGUGUCGGUCACCUUUCUGGUACGGUAACAAAAUACUCGAGGUAAUUAACUUAUGAAAAGUUUCUUUUUUCUCACAGCUUUGGCAGCUCCAGUCAUGGUCAUUUGGCCCUGAUGCUUUGGGCCUGUGGCAGAGCAAUGUGGCUCACAUGAGCCAAGGGAUAGAGAGAGAGGAAGAGCAAAAGGCCGGCUUCCCAUAACUCCCUUCCAGGCCACCACUCCCACUUUACAACUUUACCAAGUAGAGGAUCCUUUUGAUAUCUAUCAAGAGAUUGUAGGACUUUUUUUUUUUGAGACAAGGACUCACUAUGUAGUUUGGGACCUGGCCUUGAAAUCACCAUGGAGAUCCUCCUGCCUAAGCCUCUUAAAUGCUGGAAUUACAGGCACACACCUCCAUGCCCAGAAAGUAGGAGUUUUAAUAGAGAAGAUAAACAAAGAGAACAGCGGGCUUAAAGAUCUAGAUCUUGCCUCUUUCAGGUAACUGGAGGGUGGGGUAUGUGCAGAGAUGGUGCUAAAAGAGGUCAUUGGGACUGGUGACCGGGAGCAUGUAUGGCUUGCCUGCCAAAGCCUUAUGUGGUCAUAGGUGCAGCUCUUCAGAGGUGGCUGGAUCUAGAGUGUGUGAUGCUGGUAGCAAAGGUGUGUGAUUACUAUAUUAGUCCACUGAUUGGUUUGGCAUUGUUUGGGGAAUGGAAACUGUCAAGGCCCUCCCCAGGUGUGAGUGCUACUGCCCUAAGAGAGUACAGCCUGAAUCGAAUAUAAGGGACAGAAGAGGGCUGCUGUCAUGGCUUGCUGCUUUCGCUGUCUUUUGGCCACCAUGAACUGUGUCUCCAUGGUGCUCCUCUGUCAUCCUGCCUUACAGCCAGCCAGUGGGCUAAAACCUCUACAAACUAUAAGCCAAAUAAGCCUUUCCUUCUUUAAGUUUGAAUGUCAGGUAUUUUGUCUAAAAUAGAGCAUUUAGGAUGGGUUAUAUCCUGAAGACGUAGGGAACCAGAGAAUCAUGUUAGGCUGAGGAGAGACACAGAGGGAUUGUGAGAAAGAUGCCUUGGUGGCAGGGAAAGUUCUGUGGAUAGACAGGAGGUGGGUAGGGGUUCUUGGAGGUGGAGGAAGGGGAUGACUCUAGAGGUCGCCUUGGUUGGGAGUAAGCAGACACAGUAUGGCAGGCAGAGGCAGCCUGUUUCUAGUGCUUUGUCUGCCUUGGUCAGAGCAAGAGAAAUAGCAGUGUUUGAACUGAUACUUAGGACUAGGGAAACAAAAUGCUGUGUACUAAGGAGAUGAUGAUACCUAUAACUAAAUAAACACAAGUAUUUAAGGCAUAUGAAGGACUUCAACAUCAAUGAAAGAUGUGAUAGAGCCAUUGCAUGUGUCUCAGCUUCCUUGUAUGGAUUUCAGCAAUGCUCGCCAAAAGUCAGGAUGAGGGACCUCGGGCUUGUCUCCUGGUGCCUAGGAGACCUGUGUGAGCCACUUGACCUUUUCAGGCUCCUUCCAUCCUAAAUCAGUAUUCUCCUGUCACCCAGGACCUUUGCAGACCCAGCAUCUCACAGGCUGCUUAGGCCUGUUCUGUGGAGCAUGAGCUUCUGGAUAAUACUCAGCUUUUCUAACCCAGCAAAGGGACCUGGGUACUGAGUUUGCAAACCACUUCCCAGUUAUAUGACCCAUCUCUCACUCUGAGAUGCUGAGCACGAGUUUGGCUACAUUUCUCCUAGACUUCCUGCGAGAAAUAGCUUUUCUAAGAUCUGAGCAGAUACUUUUUUGUACUGGAAAAAAAUAAACCAUCAAAAUGAAAAUGUUGUAGCCAAAGAAUAUAGGACCAGGUCAGGCAGGCAAGAAAAAGAAAUGUGGGGUCUUCAUACUGAAGAGGAGAACAAGCUACCAUGACGCACAAAGGAAUACUGGUAAAGUCAGGAAGGUUGCAGGAUGUAAGACUAAUACACAGAAUCCAUUAUUUUUUGAUAGAUCUGCAGUGAUCUAAGAAUAAAACUUAAAAAAUCAGUUCCAAGGGCAGGGGAUUUAGCUCAGUGGCAUAAGCACCUGCCUGGUAAGCAUGCAGUCGUGAGUUCAAUCCCCGGUCGGUACCAAAUUAAAAAAAAAAAGUUCCAUAUACAGUAGCAUCAAAAAGAAUAAAAUACUGAAGAAUAAAUGUAACCAAGAAGACAUAAGAUUUUUGUAUUGAAAACUACAUACCACUGAAAGAAAUUUACAGGGAGCAUAAACAGAAGAAGAUGUACGAUGUCCUGGGUUGGAGGGGAAGAGGCUGAGGAGAGGCAUAAAAAGGUGCUGUGAUGUACACCGACUCUGCAUGGGGAGUGGAAGCAGUGCUGCAAACGUGUGCUAAUGUAAAUAAAAACUGGCAAAAUACCUUAAAUUGUUUUUGGAAGUUCUGGAAUUUUUUUCAUUAAUUCUAAAUCCCAAUUGUAAUUUUACCUCUUUCCAUCGAGUUUUCCUUUUUCUCUUUUUGACAGAUCAGGUAUAGUUAGCAUGAAAUCUUUGUGUUCUGAAUCAAGCACCCAGGCCAUCUCUGCUCAUCUUCAGGUCACUGUCACUGCAGAAGCUCUGUGACUGUUGGUCACUUUUGCAGUGCUUACUGUGCACCAUGCAUUGGACAGGUGGAGGACAGAGGCCUUGGGUUGCACAGCAGUGUUCUGUCUUGUAAUGACUAGCGGCUGAGCUUUGGGCGACUGCUUUGGCUCUCAUCAAGCCUGGGGAGCCUCGUCAGGUGUAUCUGUUUCAAUAUCCCUGUGUCCCUGAAGUGUGACUGAAGGUAUUAGGGUGGCCUUUCCGGAGGCUUGGCUAAAUGUUUUUGUGGCGUGCCCCAUGUUACAGUGCUGCGUGGUACCCGCUGUCUCCAUACUGCCACACUUUCUUGGCAGGUAUUUUUCUCCCAGGCUUGUAGGUGCCUCACCCCUCAUUCUGCAAACCCUCAUUCUGGAAACUAAAGGACCCUCGGGCCAUUUGCUGUGGAGACUUCUAGAUAGCACUCACCCCACUUCACUCCACUUCACUUCCUGUGAUGGUUUCUCUUAGCACCUGGUCAUGAUGACUUUAUGUAUUUUGUACAGCUUUUUUUGUUUGUUUGCUUGCUUUUUGUUUUGGUUUUGUUUUUUGUCUGUGGCAGGAAGGUAAGAGUAAUAGAUCUACUGGAAGUUCACAUCUCACUGUCUUGAUCUCCAUGACAUUUCUGUGGGAAUCCUUUUUUAGAAAGAGGUUGAGGCAGAAUCUCACUGUGUAGCCCAGGCUGGCCUUAAACUCAAGGCAAUCCUGCCUCAGCCUCCUGAAGUGAACUCAAAGACAGUGAGAGGAGGAACAACAGCAACAGAAAAGUUGGAGUUCAAAAGAUGGACAAUGAGAAAGUGAAAUUCUAGACCAGACAGCAGAGACAGCAGGCAUCUUCCACAAAGCCCUUCACAACUCGUUAGUUGAGGACCCUCCAUGCAUUGCAAAGGGAAGCAUGAACCUGGCCUCAGACCCCAAGGAGCAACCUCAGGAGCAGCUGUGGCACCUGUCUUAAAACCCAUUCCAUGAGAAGGCACCAGUCCCCAUUCUCACUGGUCACUGGUCAUUGGAAUGAGUGGACACCAUUCUUCCUAGGAACGGCCGAAUUUUCACAAGAAGUAAAACUUAGGAGCAAAGGAUUAAACUCUCAUGGCUGCCGUGGCAAGAGUCAUCUAGAGGAAUGGCUCUGUUUGCCAAGAUAUGCUAUGUAUAGGACCAGGUGGACCAGGAAAACAGGGUCAGAUCAGGGCUGAUCCUCAACACCAGAUAAAUUCCACCACAAGGAAGAGGAAAGAGCUGUGUCCUAACAGAGCAUACAAUAAAGCUCAACAUGCCAAUCAAAACAUUCUUGUAUUCAAGAUGUUGCUAAAAUAGAAAGAGAACCAUUUUUUUAUCUCAGUGGUAAGGAUACCCAAGGCCUACAUCUUGGGAAAUAUUACAGGAUAAUAAGUGUACAAUGGAGACAGAGUAAUCUUAGAAUAUUAUAGAAUGGAAAUGAUCCAUACAUUUUCUCUCUUAAAAUGAAUAUCCAGAGCUGGAUGCGGUAGUAUAGGCUUGUAAUCCCAGCACAUUUGAGGCUCAAGACAGGAGCAUGGUGAGGUCCCCACUCCAUGCUUCAGCCAUGCACAGUACUGGGGCUUCAGAACUUACCCCACCAGGUUCCCAGGACACAGUACACAGGGCUGGAAUGCCCUCCAGGGGACAGGGAACCCCAGGCCAGCCCAGAAGGAGGCACCACAGCCUCUUUGUGGCACUGCCACUUGGCCCUGCAGAGAAGGCGCUGGAGACUCAGCUGUUCCUCCUCCUUGGCAGGAGCAGAAACUAACUCACCAGGAAAACGCCACUCUGAUGCAAAUGAGACAGACCACGAAAGGAGUGGAAGAGACAUAGAUUCCAAAAAAACUGUGCCAUCUCCAUGUCUUUAAGAAAGUGAAGGCAUCAUGUCCUGAGAGCAGUGUGCUUCUUAAAAGGGUAUCCUGCAGAGAGAUCAGAUGAUGAACCUCAGAAUGUUUUAGAAACCAGAGCAAAAAGACAAAGAAAUGAAAUAUUGGGGAGGAAAAUUAAGCAAAUUAGUGGACCAAACCAGGAGUACGGCAUCCAAACAUAGUUUGUAGGAAGAAAAACAAGGAAACCAGGCCAAGGAAAAUAAGGGGUUAAAGAACAGCUCCCAGAGUUGAGAGGCCCCCAAGUCCUAGCCUGAGGAGUCCACCAGUUACCUCAGUCAGUGAAUGGAAAUCAACCAGCAUUAGGGCUCCUCAGGUUGACUUUCAGAACUGGAACAGAGACAGCUAAAAGAAAAAAGUAGGUCAUAUACCAAGAAUCAAAAAUGACGCAUGAUUUGAAGGCAACCACGAUGACACAUGCCUCUAAUCCUAGCUCCUUAGGAGCUGAGGCAGGAGGGUCACUUGAGCCCAGGAAUUUGCAGUUUGGACAGCAUAGCAAAAUCCUUCCUCGCAACAAACCAAAAGGAAAAAAAAAUUUUUUUUUACUAAAACUGAACAUUGUUCACUAGACGUGGUGGUACAGGCCUGUAAUCCCAGCUCCUCAGAAGGCUGAGCAGUGAGAAGAUUGCAAAUCUGAGGCCAGCUUGGGCAACUGAGCAAGAGCCCGUUUUGAAAUUAAUUAAAAAUACAAAAGGGCCAUGGACCUAGCUCAGCACUUUCUGGAUCUGGUCCUAGGCAGAGAUAGAGGAGGGCAGACGAGAGCAGAGAGAACUUGCUUAGGUGUCUGAAUAACUGCCUCACAGAGGAGGAACAGUGAGCCCUGACCAGCAAGAGAUUGAUCUGUAAUUCUCAGUGUAGCCAGACUACGAUUGGUAGAUGAAGAGAGUAAGGGUAUUUUCAGACACGGGGUUCAUAAGCUUCUGCUUGUGAUCUUCUCUUCAAACCACCAAAGGACAAGCUCCAGAGAAUCAGGAUGCUGCUGGCCGGCACAAAACUCAUGGUCCUGCCCUGGAGAACAGCGGAGGGAGCUGUCUGGCUGAUCAGACUCUGAGGCACUGGGGCGAGGCAGGGCGGAGCCUGGACCUGGCCAAUGUGGUAAGGAGGAAGGUGCUGAAUAGCUGGCGUGUAUGAACAGGUAGACCAAGGCAGGCUUUGGGAUUGCAUUGUCAGUGAGACCAGAGAAACAAAAACAGCAGCAAAUAAAGGCAGUUUAAUGUCAGGGAAAACAGUAAAGCACAAGAAAAAAAGUGAGUCAGAUGUGGUGGUGCUUACCUAUGAUCUCAGCACUCAGGAGCUGAGGCAGGGGGAUCCCUAUGAGUUUGAGGCCAGCCUGCACCACACAGUGAGACCCCUGUCUACAAAUAACCAAAAAAAGAAGAAAAACAA